AUGGCAGGCAGUUUAAAGAGCCUAAAGAAUCAGCUGGAUGUAAUAGCCAGUAGAUCUCAAGCUAUUGAAAAUGACAUCAAGAAAUUAGAUUCAGCUAAAAAAGACAAGGAUAAAAAAACAGCGACUGAUAGUUUGUUAAAACAAGUUUCACAAAGUAUACCAGUCGUUCAAAAGCUAGAAGACAGAUUAAAGAAAUGUAAAAAAGAAUUGGAAAAUAAUCAGAAUGAUGAAGAAACUACCAAAGACAAGACAAGAAAAAAUGAAAAGAGUGCAGAAGAAUCAGAGUUAGAAAGUGAAUUAAAGGCACAGUUAAUGAGAAACGUUGAAGUUCAUAAUGAGAAACUGAAAGUAGAAUUAGCGUUACAAGAAAAGAUCCGAGAGUUAAAGUAUAUAAAACAAGAAAAUGAGAGGCUGCAAGAUGAUUGUAAACAUUCUCAGUCACAGGCUGUUAAAUUUGUACAAAAUUUUGAAAAGAAAGCCAAAGAAGCAAGUGCCAAAUUAAUCUCAAUGCAAGAAGAGUUAAAGAAAUCACAAGAGCUGACUAAUCGAUAUAGAGAUCUGUAUGAUACUGAGCGGCAAAAAUAUCGAACGCAGCCUUACGGCAAACCAGGUGGAGCCAGUGGUAGUAAAGAAAAUGUUAAAUCAGCCAAUAGCGGUAAAGAAUCUUUCCGACACAAAGAUGAUCGGUCAGUGGAAUCCAGAAGUAGUUCUGAAGAUCCCCCGAAUUCACAGUCAAUGUUGGCACAUGGUGUCAGUGUCAAUGAUAUUAUUAGAAAAAAUCAGAGUCUAUCAAGAGAAAAGAAAAGUCUAGAACAAGAAAUAAAAGACUUGAGAAAAGAGAACCAAGAUUUAAUGAAGAGAGCCAAAGAAACCUUUUCUGAUAGAGACAGUUUAUUGCACCAGUUGAAUUCCAGUGAAAAAGCUAAACAAGAAAUCAGUAAACAAUUACAGAAGGAAAAGGCACAGAAACAGCAACUUGAAAAAAGUUUAACAAAACAAGCAUCAGACUGGAUACAGCGUAGAAAACAGGUACAACAAUAUGAAGAUGAAUAUAGAUGGAGUUUGGUUAAUCAAGACAGUAAAGAUCAGAAAUCAGAAUCACCAUACAAGUCUCUUCAAUAAUGUUCUAUAUUACCAUCAUAGCUGAUAUUAGUUACAACUCUUCUACAAGUCACUUCAAUAACAUCAAUAGUUGAAAUCUCUCCUGUAUUUAUAUCAUAGCUACCACUCUUUCAUAGCAUCCUGAUGUUCAGACAGACAGAUUUGAUCAUUAUAAAUGUCCAGCACAAAAUUUCUAGAGUAACGAAGGAUGUAGUCAUUUUAUAUAUUUGCUUUUUUAAGCUGAAAAAACUUGAUCUCUGAACAGAGACUUCUUAGGCAGCAUUUAUUCUUAUUAUUUACAAUUACCAUGUUGUACUUUAUGACUUUGUUUGUGAUUGCUCAAUCAUUAGAUUCAAAAUAAAACUUAGCCAC